UGUUCCCCUUUCCCCGGUGUGGUAACUGCUCGUGGCAUCAGGCACAGACAGGACAAGGCAGCACACGGUCGUUGCUGCUGGUACUUGCUGCUGCUGCCAUCAUUGUCGUCGUCCAAGUUGUCGUCGACGUUGAAGAGUCCAUCGUUGAGAGCAUCAACUCCAAGCAUUCGUAUAAGUGUAAACCACCAUGCGGUGCUCCUGCUCCCUCGCGGCGACGACCGCCCUCGCGGCGGCCCUCGGCGCCUCGGCCACCAUCUACAGCAUCAACGACGGCGACAUCCCCAUCCGUCACAUGUCCCACGGCAUCCAGCUGGCCAACCCCCUGCAAGGCGCCGUUCCCAACCGCCCUCCGGUCCCCAACGACGACGACGACGGGUUCAGCUACGAGCUCACGUCGUCAGGCAUCGUCCGGCGCGCCGCCGCCGCCCCCAAGAUCGACGUCAAGGCCGGCUUCUUCGAGCAGCUCAUCGACCACAGCAACCCCUCGCUCGGCACCUUCACGCAGCGGUACUGGUGGAACGCGGACCACUACGCCGGCCCCGGGUCGCCCAUCGUGCUCAACGCGCCCGGCGAGAACAACGCCGACGGCUACCAGGGGUACACGACCAACCGCACCAUCCCGGGGCUCUUCGGGCAGGCGACGGGCGGCGCCGUGAUCCUCCUCGAGCACCGCUACUGGGGCGGCAGCUCGCCCUACGAGAACCUCACCGCCGAGACGCUGCAGUACCUGACGCUCGACCAGUCCGUCGCCGAUCUCAUCCACUUCGCCAAGCACGUCGACCUGCCCUUUGACCGCAACGGCUCGUCGCGCCCGGACAAGGCCCCCUGGGUGCUGUCGGGUUGCUCGUACCCGGGCGCCCUCGCCGCGUGGACCAACAAGCUCGCUCCAGGCACCUUUUGGGCGUACCACUGCUCGAGCGCCGUCGUCGAGGACAUUUCCACCCUCUGGCAGUACUACGUGCCCGUCGAGCAGGCCUUGCCGCGCAACUGCAGCGCCGACUUCCGCCGCGUCAUCUCCCAUGUCGACAAGGUGCUCGCCGAGGGCACGCCCGAGAAGCGCCAGCGCCUCAAGGACCUGUUUGGCUUUGGCGACCUCAAGCACGACGACGAUUUUGCUAGUGCCAUUACGGGCGGGCUCGGCAAUUGGCAGAGCCAACAGUUUUACUCGGGCUACGGCCCGAUCCAGCGCAUGUGCGACUACAUUGAGAACGUGUGGCCCAAGAGCAACGCAACGGUCCCGGGCGCCGACGGCGUGGGCCAGUGCAAGGCCAUCAAGGGCUUUGCCAAGUGGUCGCGGGAGAUUCUGAUCCCCGGAUCGUGCGCCGCGCUGGGCUACUGGAAGGACAACAACACGGUCGCCUGCUACGACUCGCACAACGUGCAGCUCGAGUCGUACCUGGACACGUCGGUCAACAACACGGUCAACCGCCAGUGGAUGUGGUAUCUGUGCAACGAGCCCUUCGAGUGGUGGCAGACGUGGGCCCCCGAGUCCACCUCGGGCCUCAUCCCCAAGAUCUUCGACCGCGAGUACCAGCGGCGCCAGUGCGGCCUCUACUUCCCCUCCGUGGGCGACCACACGUACGGCCUCGCGCGCGGGCGCACCGUCGAGCAGGUCAACGCCAAGACGGGCGGCUGGGACUACGUCAACACGACGCGCCUCAUGUGGGUGAACGGCGAGCUCGACCCCUGGCGCCCGGCCACGGUGUCGGCCGAGCUGCGCCCCGGCGGGCCCCUGGCCAGCACCGAAGAGGCGCCCGUCUUCUUGCUGCCCAAGGCGGCGCACUGCAACGACGCCAUCGUCAAGAAUGGCGAGGCGAACCCCGCGGUGGGCAAGAUGAUGCGCGAGGAGGUGGACACGAUUAAGCGCUGGGUGGAGGACUUUUAUAAGCAGAAGAAGGGGGGAGAGAAGAAGAAGCCUGAGAAGAAGACGCGGCGGGCGUUUGACGCUUAGACGCGGGGUGUAGAGAGGAUGAAUAGACGGAUUGGGGGGGAAGGGAUCAUGGAUGGAUAUGAGGUUGGGACUCGGUCGCGACGAACAUGGCGACUCCCUGCCUGUACGUACGUGCGUAUAGCGUUACACGAUAGAAGUAUAAAGGC